CCCAGGUACCCCCAUCUAAGUAUUUUUACAUUCAACAAUUCUGAGUUUUUCAUACAAGGCAUAUAGGGGUUGACUGUCCAAGGUCAAGGUCACUCAUGUAGUAAGUAGGGGAACUGGGAGUUGAACCAAGGCAGUCUGGCCGUGGCUGAGGCCCAGAGAAGGCCCAGGGUAACACAGUCACAACCCCAGAGCUGAGCUGCUGGCUCCCUUCUGGCACCUGACUCCUAGGCAACUGGGGGUGGAGCAAAGGUGGAGCUAGGGAGACCCAGGUGGCCUCUCUGAAAACCAGAGUACAGGCGGCAGAGUGGCUUGGAGCAGCAUGAAGCAGAGCUGGGGACCAGAGCUGCUCAUCCUGGGAGCAGUGGUCCUCACAGAGGGUCUUCAAGCAGCUCAGCACGUAUGUGGGCAGCGCGGCCCUGGCCCCCCCGAGCCUCAGGAGGGCAACACAGUACGUGGUGAGUGGCCGUGGCAAGCCAGUGUAAGGAGGCAGGGCAUCCACAUCUGCAGCGGAUCCCUGGUGGCGGACACCUGGGUCCUCACUGCUGCCCACUGCUUUGAAAAGGCAGCAGUGACAGACCUGAACUCCUGGUCAGUUGUCCUGGGUUCUCUGCAAUGUGAGGGGCUGAGCCCAGGGGCCGAGGAGGUGGGGGUGACUGCUCUGCAGCUGCCAAGGGCCUAUAACCACUACAGCCAGGGCUCAGACCUGGCCCUGCUCCGACUCGCCCACCCCACGGCCCAUACACCCCUCUGCUUGCCCCAAUCGACUCAUCGCUUUCCUUUUGGGACCUCCUGCUGGGCUACUGGCUGGGAUCAGGACACCAAUGAUGCUCCCAGGACACUACGGAAUCUCCGCCUGCGCCUAAUCAGCCGCCCCAUGUGUAAUUGUCUCUACAACCGGCUGCACCAGCGGCUGCUGGCUAGCCCAGCUCGGCCUGGGAUGCUGUGUGGGGGCGCCCAGCCUGGGGUGCAGGGGCCCUGUCAGGGAGAUUCUGGGGGCCCUGUGCUGUGCCGUGAGCCUGAUGGACAUUGGGUUCAGGCUGGGAUCAUCAGCUUUGCAUCAAGCUGUGCCCAAGAAGACACUCCUGUGCUUCUGACCAGUAUGGCUGCUCAUAGCUCCUGGCUGCAGGCUCGAGCCGAAGGAGCAGCCUUCCUGUCCCAGAACCCAGAGAUCCCGGAGAUCAGUGAUGAGGACAGCUGUGUAGCCUGUGGAUCCUUGAGGAGAAGAGGUCCCCAGGCAGGAGCUCCCUCCCCCUGGCCCUGGGAUGCGAGGCUGAAGCACCAGGGGAAGCUGGCCUGUGGUGGAGCCCUGGUGUCGGAGGAGGUAGUGCUGACUGCUGCCCACUGCUUCAUUGGGCGCCAGACCCCAGAGGAGUGGAGCAUAGGGCUGGGAGCCGGACCAGAGGAACGGGCCCUGAAGCAGAUCAUCCUGCAUGGGGCUUAUACCCAUCCAGAGGGGGGCUACGAUGUGGCACUCCUGCUGCUGGCCCGACCUGUGACACUGGGCCCCAGCCUUCGGCCCCUCUGCCUGCCAUAUGCCGACCACCACCUGCCAGAUGGGGAACGUGGCUGGGUCCUGGGGCUGCCCCGCCAAGGAGCAGGUGCCAGCUCCCCUCAGACAGUGCCUGUGACCCUCUUGGGACCCAGGGCCUGCAGCCGGCUGCAUUCAGCUCUUGGAAGCGACAGUAUCCCCAUUCUGCCAGGGAUGGUGUGUACCAGUGUUGUGGGUGAGCCGCCCCACUGUGAGGGCCUGUCUGGGGCACCUCUGGUGCACGAGGUGAGAGGCACAUGGUUCCUGGCUGGGCUACACAGCUUUGGAGAUGCCUGCCAAGGGCCUGCAAGGCCUGCAGUCUUCACGGCACUUCCCGCCUAUGAGAACUGGGUCAGCAGUUUGGACUGGCAGGUCUAUUUUGCUGAGGAGCCGGAGCCUGAGCCAGAGACUGGAAGCUGCUUGGCCAACAUGAGCAAACCAGCUGGCUGUUGACAGGUGGCUCUGGGAUGCUGCAGGUGCAGUGAGACAAUUCCUGCAUCACUGCCCCUGUCCCUGUCCCAUUCCCCCCACCCACGCGUGAUUCCAGGCACCGGGGCAGGCCCACCAGCCCAGUGGGCUCUGGGAAGGAGCGCGCCGGGACCAGCAGUUGCCCUUACUCCCCACCCUGCAGGCCAGGGAGAUGUCGCCUGUAGCUGCUUCCCUACGCC